AUGGCGUCCUACGUGGAUAACAAUUUCAGACAGGCGGUGAUGAUGGACCCGGCCGAAAGAACGCAACAGGAUCUGGAAAUCGUGUACUCCUAUCUCCAUGGAAUGGAGGCCCUGUCCAAUCUAAGAGAGCACCAGCUAAGGUUGAUGUGUGAAACCGUGCGUUAUGAGAGACACGAGGCCAACGAGGUGCUGUACUACCCUGAUGACGUUGGGUCCUGCUGGUAUAUCCUCCUGUCUGGCUCAGUGUUCAUCAAAGAGUCCAUGUUUCUUCCCAGAAGCAGUUUUGGCAAGCGUUCAGCGGGCAGCCUGAGGCGUGGAUGCGAGUGCAUCGUGCUGGAGCCCUCCGAAAUGAUUGUGGUGGACUAUAUGGAUGAAAAUGAAGAGUACUUCCAACGGCAAGCUUCGCACCGACAGUCCCGCCGGAGGUUCCGGAAGAUCAACCAGAAAGGCGAGAGGCAGACCAUCAUCGACACGGUGGACCCCUACCCCGUCGGGAAGCCGCCUCUGCCCAAAGGGUAUCACACGGAAUGCUGUAAAUCUCAGCUUCCUGCAGACUUCAGCAAGCUCCACCUUAGCGACAGCCUCCACCCACAGGUGACCCCCGUCUCCUCCAGCCACUCAGGAUGUAGCAUCACCAGCGACUCUGGGAGCAGCAGCCUAUCGGAUAUUUACCAGGCCGCUGAGAACGAGCCCGGUGACAUGGACCUGAGCGGCCUGCCAGAGACGGCGGUGGACUCAGAGGAAGACGACGAUGAGGAAGACAUCGAACGGGCCUCGGACCCCCUGAUGAGCCGGGACAUCGUGCGGGACUGCCUGGAGAAGGACCCGGUCGACCGGACGGACGAUGACAUCGAACAAUUGCUGGAGUUCAUGCACCAGCUGCCGGCCUUCGCCAACAUGACGAUGUCGGUGAGGAGGGAGCUGUGCGCGGUCAUGGUGUUCGCCGUGGUGGAGCGGGCGGGGACCAUCGUGCUCAACGACGGGGAGGAGCUGGACUCCUGGUCGGUGAUCCUGAACGGUUCGGUGGAGGUGACGUACCCGGACGGGCGGUCCGAGAUCCUCUGCAUGGGGAACAGCUUUGGAGUGUCUCCCACCAUGGACAAGGAGUUCAUGAAGGGGGUGAUGAAGACCAAGGUGGACGACUGUCAGUUUGUGUGCAUUGCCCAGCAGGACUACUGCUGCAUCCUCAACCAGGUGGAGAAGAACAUGCAGAAGGUGGAGGAAGAGGGCGAGAUCGUCAUGGUGAAAGAACACCGUGAGCUGGACCGUACCGGCACCAGGAAAGGACACAUCGUCAUCAAGGGAACGACAGAGCGACUGACGAUGCACCUGGUGGAGGAGCACUCUGUGGUGGACCCCACCUUCAUCGAGGACUUCCUGCUGACCUACAGGACCUUCCUGUCCAGCCCCAUGAUUGUGGGGAAGAGGCUUCUGGAAUGGUUCAAUGAUCCCAGUCUCAGGGACAAGGUUACGCGGGUAGUGUUGCUGUGGGUGAACAAUCACUUCAACGACUUUGAAGGAGACCCUGCCAUGACUCACUUUUUGGAGGAAUUCGAGAACAACCUAGAAAGAGAGAAAAUGUGUGGGCACUUGAGACUGUUAAAUAUCGCCUGCGCCGCCAAAGCCAAGCUGAGGCUGGUGACCCUGACCAAGCCCUCGAGGGAGGCCCCCCUGCCCUUCACCCUCCUGGGGGGGUCGGAGAAGGGCUUCCGCAUCUUCAUCGACAGCGUGGAGCCCGGGAGCGCGGCCACAGAGGUCGGCCUCAAGCGCGGCGAUCAGAUACUGGAGGUGAACGGGCAGAACUUUGAGAACGUCCAGCUCUCCAAAGCCACAGAGAUCCUGAAGAACAACACUCAUUUGUCUAUCACUGUGAAAACGAACCUGCUAGUGUUCAAGGAGCUGCUGUCCAGGCCGGCGGAGGAGAAGAAGAACGGCGCUCCGCACCUUCCCAAGAUCGGCGACAUCAAGAAGGCCAGCCGCUACUCCAUCCCGGACCUGGCCAUGGACGUGGAGCAGGUGAUGGGCCUGGAGAAGACCAGCAAGAAGAGCAAAGCCAACACUGUGGGGGGCAGGAACAAGCUGAAGAAGUUCCUGGGCAAGACCCGCAUCAGCAUUCUGCCCCAGAAACCCUACAAUGAUGUUGGGAUUGGGCAGUCUCAGGACGACAGCAUUGUGGGAAUGAAGCAGUCCAAUCAGAUCCCUCCAGGCCUCCCGGUCAGUGGAAACCUGUCCUCCAGCAACCCCGACCUGCUUCAGUCCCACCACCGCAUCCUGGACUUCAGCAACCCGCCUGACCUGCCGGACCAGGUGCUGAGGGUUUUCAAGGUGGACCAGCAGAGCCGCUACCUGAUGAUCGGCCGGGACACCACGGCCAAGGAGGUGGUGGUGCAGGCCAUCCGCGAGUUCGCCCUGACCGCCGAGCCCGAGGCCUACUCCCUCUGCGAGGUGUCCGUCACGCCCGAGGGCGUCAUCAAGCAGCGGCGGCUGCCCGACCAGCUCUCCAAGCUGGCCGACAGGAUCCAGCUCAGCGGCAGGUACUACCUGAAGAACAACAUGGAGACAGAGACGCUGUGCUCGGACGAGGACGCGCAGGACCUCCUGCGGGAGAGCCAGAUCUCCCUGCUCCAGCUGAGCACGGUGGAGGUGGCCACCCAGCUCUCCAUGAGGAACUUCGAGCUCUUCUGCGCCAUCGAGCCCACCGAGUACAUCGACGACCUCUUCAAGCUCAAGUCACGCACCGGCUCGGUCAACCUCAAGAGCUUCGAGGAGGUCAUCAACCAGGAGACCUUCUGGGUGGCUUCGGAGAUCGUCCGGGAGCCCAACCAGCUGAAGAGGAUGAAGACGGUCAAGCACUUCGUCAAGAUCGCCCUGCACUGUCGGGAGUGCAAGAACUUCAACUCCAUGUUUGCCAUCAUCAGUGGGCUGAACUUGGCUGCAGUGUCCAGACUCCGGGGCACAUGGGAGAAGCUGCCCAGCAAAUACGAGAAGCUGUUCCAGGACCUGCAGGACCUGUUCGACCCCUCCAGGAACAUGGCCAAGUACCGCAACGUCCUCAACAACCAGAACCUCCAGCCUCCCAUAAUCCCCCUCUUCCCCGUCAUCAAGAAGGACCUGACGUUCCUGCACGAAGGCAACGAUUCGAAAGUGGACGGUCUGGUGAACUUUGAGAAGCUGAGAAUGAUCGCCAAAGAGAUCCGGCACGUGGGACGCAUGGCGUCCGUCAACAUGGACCCCGCCCUCAUGUUCAGAACCAGGAAGAAGAAGUGGAGGAGUCUUGGGUCGCUCAGCCAGGGCAGCGCCAACGCAGCGGUGCUGGACGUGGUGCCGACGGGCGCGCACAAGAAACGCGUGCGCCGCAGCUCCUUCCUCAACGCCAAGAAGCUGUACGAGGACGCGCAGAUGGCCCGCAAGGUCCGGCAGUACCUGUCCGACCUGACGCUGGACACCAGCGAGGAGAGCCUGCAGGCCUUAUCGCUGCAGUGUGAGCCCUCCAGCAACACGCCAGUGCCUAAAAACUCCAGUGACAAGAAGAGGCCAGACACCUCGCCCCAGGUGGCACGGGCCGCCAGCCAGCACAAGCAGCAGCAGAAAGCCGGCCCCGCCCUGCAGGUGCCCGCGGUGCCCCUCCACCCGUCUCGCAAGAAAGUGCCCGUCAAGGACCUGCCGCCUUUCGGCACGAGUUCGCCUCAGUCCUUGAAGAAAAUCUUGUCCUUGUCAGAGGAAGCGGGCGAGCGCCACAGGAAGCCGACGGAGGACGCCGCGUCCAACGCCUCCCAGCUCUCCUCCCCGCCCACCUCCCCCCAGAGCUCCCCCAGGAAAGGUGUCUUUCGGCUCUCCAGGCAGUCUAAGCUCACAGGCUCCUCCUCUUCCCUGGGCAGUGACAGCAGUAGCAGGAAUAACUAUGCUCUGGCCAACACCGUCAUAAUAGGUUACCCGGGAGCGGCGGACCACUUCUCGGACUCGGGCCACAGCGAGAUCUCGUCGCGCUCCAGCCUGGUCAGCAACUCGUCCUUCGACCUGGCGCAGGAGGACAGGAGGCAGCGCAACUCGGUCAGCGGGGCCGACGCCCACCUGGGCGGGGCCAGGACGGAGAGGCGGGCCACCCUGGACCUGGACCAGUACAGCCUCGGGUCCUAUUCCUCCAUGCACGAGGUUCGGAGCCUGUACUCUGGGGCCACGGUGCUCUCGUCUCCCAGCUCGGAGGAGCUGACCCAGGACCAGGGCGACCGCGCCUCCCUGGACGCCGCCGACAGCGGGCGGGGCAGCUGGACGUCCUGCUCCAGCGGUUCCCACGACAACAUCCAGACCAUCCAGCACCAGAGGAGCUGGGAGACGCUGGCCUUCGGCCACCCCCACUUCGACGGCCCGGGGGAGGGGCCGGGGCCGGGGCCGGGGCUGUGGGCCCCUGGGGGGGGCGGGUCGGCCGACCCGCUCGGGUACCCGGGGGACGGCGGCGCCAGCAGGGACGGGCGGGGCGGGCAGGAGCCGGGGCAGGCCCGGGGGAGCUGGGCCUCGCCCACCGUCUACUGGGGGGAGGACACGGAGGGCGACACCGGGACCAUCAAGCGCAGGGGGGGCAAGGACGUGAACGCCGACCCGGAGACCAGCAGCAUCACGUCCAGCGGCUCGGAGGACUCGAAACAGAGCAGCCGGCCCUCCCACAUAACCGUGUCCUGCAGCAACGCUAAGGGGCUCAUCUCGCGGAAGGAGGGCAGGUUCCGGGAGCCGCCCCCGACGCCGCCCGGCUACACGGCCCUGACCAUCUCGGACUUCGGCGAGGGCCCCGCCCACGCGGGCCGCCGGCCGCCCGACUACAACGUGGCGCUGCAGCGCUCGCGCAUGGUGGCGCACUCCUGCGACUCCCCCCUGCCCCCCCCGCAGGCGGGCCCCCGGCCGCAGUGGAGCCGCUCCACCGACGCCGCCGAGCCCCCCCGGCUCCCGCACGCACCCCCCCAGGGGCCGCCGCCCGCGCCCGAGGACGAGGGUGAGUCCGCGUCUCCCAAACUUAACCCCCUGAGGAAGACCGUGGUGGCCAGGUCUCCCAACACCACCAGGCCAUGACUUACAGGCAGGACAGAGGCAGAUGAUGAACAGGUGUCUGCUGUCUGAUAAAGACGCCCCCUGCUGGCCACGUUUAGCAGUGGCUGAAGAAACUCUGUCUAGGCACUCUCCCGCACACGCACAGACCCACACACUCGCACACACCCAGUUACCCCCCCCCCCCCCCCCCCCCUUCUCUGUGUACCGCACUCCUCUCCAUCCCUGCCUUAAAACAGCAGGGGGCUUUAUGUCACCCCCCCACCCCCCUCCCACACAUAAAUAGACUGUACUGUGAAGAAGACAAGAAAAGAACUAAUUGAACUAAUAACGCCUCGGCACUUUGGAGAACUUAAAGACAGAGUGGUGAAAGAAUCGCAGGCCUGACGGCCGUCACUGUUCACCACAAGCACCAUUCCAGCGUUACCUUUCCUGUUUACACACGCCAUCACUACGUGUCGACCUUCGACUGCACUUUUUAAUUUUCUAUUGUAAUAUUAACGGUAUUAAUGAUACAAAAAAAAGAAAAACUGCCUUUCCGGGCUCUCGGCUUCCUCUAGGACCUUGUCAGGAGUUGUUGGACCCCUGGAUGAAAAUGCAAGCACAGAUUGUGCAGGUCCCCGCGUCCUGCUGCAGUUUUAAGUCAUUAUCGUGCUUGUGGAAGAGAUACGGUCUCUGGUGGCCAUGAUGACAGUAUUAUUAUAGCUAUUCAUUUUUUCCUUUUUUUUUUUUUUUACCUUUGCUCUUUUUAUCAUUGGAGGAGGACUCUGUGAUGUUUUAACUGAACUGGACGGCUGUAUAAUGUCACACACUGGCUCAGAUAGAGGAGGAACAGUGCCCCAGCUAUAGUCUCUGCUGUUUGCUAUGUUGCGUUUUUUGCAGAACUCCUUUGUGAAGGAAGCCAUUGAACGGUUGCCACGAUAGAAGGAGUAGCAUGUCUGAAGAAAGCUAACGUAUAGCGAUCCUUGGCUACUUCUGCCCCAUGAAGUGACUGAAAAUGAUGAUUACGUCUUGGGUUGAGACUCAGAGGGAAAUAAGUAAAAAAUCUGAAGACUGCCUUUCUGAGUCGUACUGAAAAUAUGAAGGUUUUUUUCCCCCAUUUUCUUUAGUUUUUCUAAUUCAUUUAGCGGAGCUGAUCAUAUUGAUCAGCGGGUUUAAAAAAAUUGAUAGAUUUCAAGACAGUGAUUGCAGUGUUUUUCUCACUGUAUUGUGCAACUUCAGUGCUUUAUUUAAAUUUUUCUUUCCUAAUAAGAAAUCACAUUUUUGACUUGUGUUUGUUUUUGUUUUUUUUUCUUGUUGCGGAUUCUGUUGUCAAUUAUGCAUUUGUAAUUUAAAUGUAAUAUGCAUUAAUCGCUUCCAUUUGUAGUCCAUGGACAAUAGUGUACGUAUGGUUUGGCGGAGUUCUACUUCUAAAACAAGUUGCACAGAAAUGUAUAAACAUACAGUAAGGUCAUUGUAGUGUACAACUUUCGGUUCAAUCUGUGACGUCAGGUGUAAAAUGUACAUUGGACUGGUGAAUUUCUCAUACUUUUGAUACUACUUGUACCUGUAUGUCUUUUAGAAAGACAAUCGGUGGAGUCGGUAUGCUUUUUUUUGUAUUUUUAAUACAAUAAUUGUAAAUCUGUUAUAUUUUUGUUGAAAUUGUAGAAAUGUACUAUGUUUAUGCCUCAGCGUCCAGUUUACCUAAAGCUGGGAAUGAAUAAAUAUGAAAAAACAUGG